UUUGUUCAUGACGUGUCCGGAAGUGUUAAGGGGAAAUAAGCGACCGAGCGCCCAAACAGCUGGUUAGUGUUAAACAUGACGCGGUGACGGUACUGGUGUAUAAUAUAAUAUAAUAUAAUAUAAUAUAAUAUCAUAUCAUUUUAUUUAAUAUAUUUAUCAGAGUAAAUACACCGGGUGUACGCGCGUUCUGAGGAAGAUACAGGAGGAACCGAACAUGAUGACGGAGUGCGAGCCCACCGACGCCGAGAGCGCGAGCGCGGCGUUGAGCGUGAGGCGCGUGCCGGAGGCGGGGUUAGUGCGCGCGCUGCCCGGCGGAGCUCAGCGGCUCUGCGGCUCCACGGAGUCCGUGCUCACCGAGCUGGGGGGGGAGGGGGAGGGAGAGGAGGAGGAGGGAGAGGACGGGGAGGACGGGGAGGACGCGCUGCUCUUACCGGGAACAGCGACCUGCGGCUCGGCCUCAUCCUCAUCCUCACCCGCCCGGACCGCCAGGGAACACCGGGAACACCGGGAACACCGGGCACGGAGGAACAGGCACAGCUCAUCAUCAGACAGAGAGAACCUGGCCUCUCCCGGAAACAGCAGUGGUGAGUUUAAUCAUUUUCCAGAGGACCCGGUGUUUGGUGAGAUCAUCCAGCGGGCGGAGCAGGCCAUCGAGAGCGGCGUGUUCCCCGAGAGAAUCUCGCAGGGCUCCAGCGGCAGCUACUUCGUCAAAGACUCUAAAGGGAAGACCAUCGGCGUGUUCAAGCCCAAGUCGGAGGAGCCGUACGGUCACCUGAACCCCAAGUGGACCAAAUACUUCCACAAGCUGUGCUGCCCCUGCUGCUUCGGCCGCGGCUGCCUCGUCCCCAACCAGGGCUACCUCUCCGAGGCGGCCGCCUCGCUUGUCGACCAAAAGCUCAGCCUGGGUGUCGUCCCAAAGACCAAGGUUGUGUCUCUGGCCAGUGAGACGUUCCACUAUAACGCUAUCGAUCGAGCCAAAUCCCGCGGGAAGAAGUACGCUCUGGAGAAAGUGCCCAAAGUGGGACGUCGCUUCCACAGAGUGGGCCUGCCCCCUAAGGUGGGCUCCUUCCAGCUGUUCGUCGAAGGCUAUCAGGAGGCAGACUUUUGGCUGAGGAGGUUUGAGGCGGAUCCUCUGCCGGAGAACACCAGGAAGCAGCUGCAGUCCCAGUUCGAGAGACUGGUAGUGCUGGAUUACGUCAUCAGGAACACGGACAGAGGAAACGAUAACUGGCUGAUUAAAUAUGAGAAAGCUGGAGAUGCAGAACAAUCAGUGAAGGACUGUGAGUGGAGUGAACAUAAAGAGUGUGUGAUUCAGAUCGCUGCGAUAGAUAACGGCCUGGCCUUCCCCUUUAAACAUCCUGACGAGUGGAGGGCAUACCCGUUUCACUGGGCGUGGCUCCCUCAGGCUAAAGUGCCGUUCUCUCAGGAGACAAGAGAGCUGGUUCUGUCUCGGAUCUCUGACAUGAACUUCGUGCAGGACCUGUGUGAGGAUCUCUACGAGCUCUUUAAGGCGGAUAAAGGCUUUGAUAAAGACAUGUUUGAGAAGCAGAUGUCCGUAAUGAGAGGACAGAUCCUGAACCUGACCCAGGCGCUGAAGGACGGGAAGAGCCCGCUCCAGCUGGUGCAGAUGCCCCGUGUGGUGGUGGAGCGCAGUCGCGGUGGAGGACAGGGACGGGUGGUGCAGUUAGGGAACGCCUUCACACAGACGUUCCACUGCAAAAGACCGUUCUUCACUUCCUGGUAGUGGAGGAACCUCAGAAAGAUGGAGUGGAGUGUGAAGACCCGUGAUGAACGUUCCAGCACCAAGAGAUCUACUGGGUGGCUGUUUGCUUCAUUCUUUUUAGGGAUGGAUUCUGGAGCAGUUAGGAACCUUCCCACACACUUCAUUCCAUAAAACCCUUCUUCACCAAGAAAUGAUGGUCAAGAAGGUCAAGAAUCCUGUUUUCAGAUUAAAUAAAAGUAUAAGUGGCCUUUUUUUCAGGGGGGGGAAAAAUUUGAGGUGGACCAUCACUGCAAAAGGUUCUUCUCCAGUUCCUAAUGAUCUGGAACCACUAGAUGAAGCUCCUGUGAAAAUUCCGCUCAAGAUCUUACGGUUUGUCUGCAUGGAAUCCAAAUAGUUCUACACUGGGGGCUUAUUUUUAAUAUAUAUAUUAAAAAAGAUAAAGGAAAUAUUUGGGUGUGUUUCCGAUCAAAAGUAUCCUUCAAAUCAAAGACCAUCUCCUCGGGUUCCUCUCGUGUUUAGGAGAGACAGUUGAAGUAAUUAUGGACAUAAAAGAGCAGAGAACGUCCUAAUUUGACAGAACUGAUUUUUCUUCUGGUGGUGUUGGCGGUGAAGCACCAGGGUCAGGGAACAGGGUGGCAGUGAGAUGUGGAGAGUUCUUUUUCUUCUUCUUCUCCUGAAGGUUUUUCUUACAGUUUCAGCUCGACACGCUGCAUCGAAUAUUAAAAAGGAGGGAAAAACUGCCAAUUUUAUAUGAUGUAACAUUUACGUUUGAAGGACGAAGAAUAAACGUUUAUGAAAAUUGAACAUUUUGCUUGAAUGUAACCUGCAAGUUUAUAUCUCACACCGAUUCUCGCUGGUGUCUCGAGUCGAGGCACGGCUGGAGUUUUGAUACGCUUUGAAUGUAUUUAAUGCUGUUAAUGGGAAUGUGGCUGGUCAAUCUCUCUCACACACACACACACACACACACACAUGCACUGAUGAAACAGAAUCAUGCUAAUUUAAAACGUAUGCAUUGUGGACUUUACAUUCAUGCUGUACGGUUGAUGAAGAAACUUUACUUUUAAGUGAGAAGUCAAUAAAAUAAAAUGUGUAUUAAAUUAUAAA